ACAAUUUCAAUUAUCAAUCAUUUAAGAAAUUCUUCUGUGAGAUCAUUAAGGAAUAUGUCGAAGAACAAAUUAAACUUGACCCUUCCUCCUGGUGUGGCUGACAACCAACAGCCGGUGUCACCAUCUGCACCAUUAUCGGCGGCAUCGGACGCAGGAUGCGACAAGUUAAGCGUAGCAAGCUUACAAGAACAAUUGGAUCGAGUGGGAAUGGACGACGAACAACGGAAACGAAUGGAAUUAUUCUUAUGUCAAAAGGAGAAGAUUGGGGGUGAACUUAGUGAUGCAGACUUUGAGAAAAUGAAAGAUGGUGAACUAGGUGCUGGCAACGGUGGAGUAGUUAUGAAAGUCAAACACAAGUCUAGUGGACUCAUCAUGGCCAGAAAACUUAUACACUUAGAAGUAAAGCCUGCCAUAAAAAAACAAAUCAUUCGGGAGCUUAAAAUUUUGCAUGAGUGUAACCAUGCACACAUAGUUGGUUUUUAUGGAGCAUUUUACAGUGAUGGUGAAAUUAGUAUUUGUAUGGAAUAUAUGGAUGGCGGUUCCCUUGAUCUCAUAUUGCAAAAGACUAGAAUACCUGAGCCAAUGCUUGGAACUAUAACUGCUGCUGUUGUCAAAGGUCUGAUUUAUCUACGAGAGCAACAUUCCAUUAUUCACAGAGAUGUCAAACCCAGUAACAUUUUAGUAAACAGUKCUGGAGAAAUUAAGAUUUGUGAUUUUGGUGUAUCUGGACAAUUAAUAGACUCUAUGGCUAACUCAUUUGUUGGUACUAGAUCAUAUAUGUCACCUGAACGACUGCAAGGUACACAAUAUACAUUACAAAGUGAUAUAUGGUCAUUGGGAUUAUCUUUGGUUGAAAUGGCCAUUGGAAUGUAUCCGAUACCCGCACCUGAUGCAAAAACUUUAGCGUCAAUAUUUGGUCCUAGAUCACAGGCGACUGAAACAUUAGAAAACAUCGAAGGUGAUGUCUUUGCAAAUGGAAAUGGACCUAGACCAAUGGCCAUAUUUGAACUCCUUGAUUACAUUGUUAAUGAACCACCUCCUACAUUACCAGCUGGUAUAUUCUCUGAUGCCUUCAAAGAUUUUGUAGACAGAUGCUUAAAGAAAAAUCCCAAUGAGAGAGGAGAUUUCAAAAUGCUUAUG